AUGCCUCUUCUCAAUGUGACCGAAGACACCAGCCCCAGCGUGACCCAGACAUCAUCAUCUCUGUCCUUCAUCACAUACUCCGCCCUCUCAUCUUCCCUGUCUCCAGUUCUCCCACAGUCAAACUGCUCCAUGUCUUCUGCUCCCUCGUCUCCGCCGUAUAACUUCUACGCCGUGUUGUUGGUGCUGCUGAUCUUUUGCGUAGUGUUUGGUAACGUGCUGGUGUGCGUGGCCGUGUCACGAGAGAAAGCUCUUCAGACCACCACCAAUUACCUCAUUGUGUCUCUGGCCGUGUCGGACCUGCUGUUGGCCACACUGGUGAUGCCCUGGGGUGUUUACCUGGAGGUUGUGGGCGAAUGGAGGUUCAGUAGAAUCCACUGUGACAUCCUGCUCACCCUCGACGUUAUGAUGUGUACCGCCAGCAUCCUCAACUUAUGUGCCAUCAGCAUCGACAGGUACACGGCUGUGGCGAUGCCGUUGCUGUAUAACACACGCUACAGCUCCAGGAGGAGAGUGGCGCUGAUGAUCGCUGUCGUCUGGUUCCUCUCGUUUGCCAUUUCCUGCCCACUUUUGUUUGGUCUCAAUAACACAGCCAGUCAGGAAGGAAGAGACUGCAGUUUUGCAGACCCUGCAUUCGUGGUCUACUCAUCUGUUGCAUCCUUCUACGUUCCUUUCAUUGUCACGCUGCUAGUGUACGUGCAGAUCUGCAUGGUGCUGCGCAGACGCGGCAGGCGCACUGCACCUUCACGCAGACACGGCCUUCACCCCGAGCGCAGAGACAGCCAGAGACCUCGCAAGAAUAAGUGCACUCAUCCUGAGGAUGUCAAGUUGUGCACUUUAAUCCUAAAACCUCCUACGGCUGCUCCGCAAUGCAAGAAAGUGACGCUGGUGAAAGAGGCCGUGGUUCAUCCGCUGGAAGCAGAUCCGGUGUGUUUUCUGGGUCAGGAGAGAGAGCAGCAGCAGAUGCAGUCACAGCAACCUGGACGUGCUCAAAUCUCAGUGGCCCCGAGUCCCACUUGCCCCUGCUCCACGCAGUCGACCCCGGGCCCUCACAGGGCCACACUGCAGGAGGGCAUGCACGGCCAAAAAGGAGCCACAGUGAAGGAGAGAGUGAGAGGACGACUGUCACAGCAGAAAGAGAGGAAGGCAACACAGAUGUUGGCCAUUGUUUUAGGUGUGUUCAUCAUAUGCUGGCUGCCGUUUUUCCUCACACACGUGUUGAAAGCUCACUGCAGCAGCUGCUGCAUCUCACUGUCGCUCUACAGCGCAGUCACAUGGCUGGGUUACCUGAACAGCGCUGUCAACCCCGUCAUCUACACCACCUUCAACAUCGAGUUCCGCAAAGCCUUCAUUAAGAUCCUGCACUGCUGA